UCAGCUGAUCCACCAUUGCAGAAAGCGCCAUGGAAGUUACACCAAGGCUGCCCCACCUCCCAUCUUUCCUCCUCAUCCUCCUCCUCACCACCUACCUUCUCCCCUUCUCCUCCUCCUCCGCCACCACCACCACCACCACCACCAUCUCCGCCACAGCCGGCCUCGUCAUCGAGCUCUUGCACGUAGAUGCCCACAUGAAUUUAACCUACCAGCAACACAUACAUGCGGCCAUACGCCGAACCCAUCACCGGGCUCUCCACCACAUGCAGAACAGAAAGAAAGUGCCACUUCGUCAACAAGCAACAACUCUCGACACGCCACUACACGGCCUCAAUGGAGAGUACCUUAUGAGUCUAGCACUCGGAACUCCGCCAACCUCCUUCUCGGCCGCCAUGGAUACAGGCAGUACUCUUAUAUGGGCUAAGUGCUUUCAUCCAACAGACGCGCAAGACCUGCCCAUUUUUGAUCCGGAAAGCUCCUCCUCCUAUUCAACAGUUCCAUGCAACAACUCACUCUGCAACAUCAAUAGUGUUUUUACUGGUUGUAAUGGUACCGAUUGUGCCUACAUGGCGCAGUAUGCAGACUCAUCAGCCAGUAUGGGAACUCUCAGUUUUGAGACUCUCACCUUCGGCUCCCUGACAGUUAAUAACAUCGGAUUUGGAUGUAGCUUUAGGGCUGACGGCUUCGACAGCUAUGGUGCUGCAGUAGUUGGGUUCAACAGAGGGCCCUUAUCUCUCGUCUCUCAGUUGGGAUCAUUGAUUGAUCACCAAUUCUCCUACUGCUUGGGUGGGUAUAAUGCUUCCAACCAAAGCAAGCUCAAGCUUGGACCCAGCAGUCACUCGAUCACAUCGGAUGCCUCAACAAGUACUCAAUUGUUGGUAAAUCCUGCAAGUCCUGAACACUAUUAUGUCGCUUUGCAUGGCAUCAGUGUCGGCGGGAAGCGCCUCCCCAUCCCAGAGUCUGUGUUCCAGUUCAGCUCUGAUGGAAGCGGGGGAGUUGUUGUUGACUCAGGCUCAACUUUUACAGGCCUUGCUGAAGAGGCAUACAGUCUUCUGAAGGCGGCGUUCAUCCAGGAAAUUGGUAAACCAUCUGUGAAUACAACGUCCCUGGAUAUGGAGACCUGCUUCCAAGGCUUACCCGACUCGAUCUCCAUCCCCACUCUCACAUUUCAUUUUGAGGGCGGCGAUCUGCAAGUGCCUGCAGAAAACUAUAUUGCAGUUGAUUCAGUAAAGCAGUUGUCUUGUUUGGCCAUUCUUCCAACUCCAGCCAAUGUGAACCUUAUUGGUGCCACAACAAUGCAGAACUUCCUUGUCAGCUUUGAUCUUGGGAGGAACAUGAUCACUUUCACACCUACACAAUGUAGUACAUUGUGAAGUUCCCACCAUGUAUGAAUUCUUUCUGCAUAUGGUGUACUUUGCCACACAUUACAUGCUAUAAAUAUAAUAAGCAAAAGGUGCUUCCUCCAAUA